GUUGCCAGCAUACGUCAUGGCGGCUAGACGCCUCAUCGGUGCUACCCGGAGCUGGGCCGGCUGGCGGGCCUGGGAGCUUCCGGACCCCGCGGGUUUUGUAAGACUACAUGUACGCGAUUAUGCCAAGAGACCGGUUUUUAAGGGGGGCAAAGGCGGCAAAGGUGCUGCGGUGGGAGAGACCCUGAAGGACCCCGAGGUGUGUACAGACCCAGUCCAGCUCACCACGCACGCCAUGGGUGUCAACAUCUACAAGGAGGGCCAGGAUGUGGUCCUGAAGCCGGAUUCUGAGUACCCCGAGUGGCUGUUCCAGAUGAAUGUGGGCCCCCCCAAGAAGCUGGAGGAGCUGGACCCGGAGACCCGGGAGUACUGGCGGCUGCUCCGGAAACACAACAUCUGGCGCCACAACCGGCUGAGCAAGAACCAGAAGUUCUAGCGGGGGAGGGCCAGAGCUCUCUAAAAGGACCCUGACCCUCCAAGGACCUGGAGGAGAUAGGACAGACUGGGGGCUGGAGGGGAGUUGGUACUUCCCCCAGCCUGCCUCCAGGACUUUUUAUAUUCUGGAGAAACAGACAUCUCUGAGAACGAAGAGAAUUGCCCCCACAGUGAGACUGAAUCAGGGGCCUGGGGGCCAAUAAAGCCUUCUGGGGGCAAUUGUCGGCAGGUCCCGGAAGCC